AUGUCUGAAAGGGAGAGCGACUUGAGAAUACCACCAAUGCAGCCUCCCUCGGUUGAGACGGCAAAACACCAACGAUCUAUUACUGGCCUGCGAUGGAUACUCGUGUGCACAGCCAUCUUUUCGUGUAAUCUUCUGUACGGCCUCGACAACACCAUCGUAGCUGACAUUCAAGCCCCAAUCAUUGCUUCUCUGGGCAACGUCAACAAGCUUGGUUGGCUUGGAAUCGGCUUCCCACUCGGUGCAAUUGGAAUUAUUCUGCCCGUUGGCAAAUCGUAUGCAGUGUUCGAUGUGAAAUGGCUCUACUUUUGGUCACUGACCAUGUUCGCUGCCAGCAGCGCUCUAUGCGGUGCCGCCCCCAACAUGGACGCCUUGAUUGUUGGUCGGGUAUGGGCUGGAGCUGGUGGUGCUGGGAUGUACUUGGGAAAUAUCAAUAUGCUUCAGCUCUUGACGACACCCUCGGAACGAAGUGUUUACAUGGCUGGGGCCAUUCUCGUCUAUGGUACUGGAGUCAUCCUCGGGCCAGUGGUGGGAGGUUCUUUGGCUGAUAGUUCAUCUUCGGGCUGGCGAUGGGCUUUCUAUCUGAACCUGUUCAUCUUCGCCACAAUGGCUCCGAUCUACGUCUUCCUCCUCCCUUCGAUGCAACCUCAGAUGGGAUGGACCCUAGCCAAAAAGUUCCGAUCCAUUGAUUGGCUUGGGACAAUUCUCAGCUUUUCCAUCUACACGAUAUUCGCCAUGAUCUUCACGUUUGGUGGUUCCAUAUGGGACUGGUCAGACGGCCGAAUGGUUGCGCUGUACGUCGUGUUUGUCAUGGUGGCCGUGGCAUUCACAUUGACACAAUAUUUUGCGGUACUGACUACCAAGGAGAACCGCAUCUUCCCUGUGCAGUUUUUGCGUGAGCCGACAAUGGUGCUCUUGUUGACGUGCUGUACGGCAUUGAGCGGCGCGUUGUAUGUCAUCAUCUAUUACCUUUCGCUCUUUUACUCGUUGGUGCGCAACGAAAAUGGCGUUCAAACGGCCCUUCGCUUGCUCCCAUUUGUCAUUUUCUAUGUGUUUGGUGUCAUGCUAAACGGCAUCUUCAUGGUACGCUGGGGGUAUUACAUGCCUUGGUUCCUGGUUGGCGGUAUCCUCAUCACGAUUGGCGGUGCGCUCCUAUAUACCAGUACGAUAGACACUACCAACGCCAGUUUGUACGGCUAUUCCGUCCUGGUAGGGCUGGGCCUGACACCAUUCCAAGCUUCCUAUUUCGUUGCCCCGAGCAAGGUUCAGCCUCAUGAAAUCACUGAAGCGAUCCAGUUCAUCAAUAUUGGACAGCAGGGUAGUAUCCUCGUCGCGCUGGCUAUUUGCAACACCAUCUUUCAGAAUGUCACAUCUCAGAGACUUCUGACCAUCCUUGUUCCGGCUGGAUAUUCCGAGGAAGAUGUGACGGCGGCCAUUUUCGGAGCCAGAAGUGCCGUCUUGCAGUCUGCACCUGCCGAACUCAAGCAAGCUGCGCUUGAAAUUAUUGUUGAUGCUAUCGACGAUUCUUAUAUUCUAAUCAUCAUCUCCGGCGCUAUACUCGUUGUCAGCGCGGCUCUCAUGAAACGAGAGAAAAUCUCGAUUCAGCUCCAGGCUGUAGGUUGA